UAUUUAUCAAAUUCAUUUUUUUAUUUUGAGAGGUAUCUUGUGCUGCCUGGGGAAAAGUGACCAAUCCCUUCCCCAUCCAGAUUUUUAAAAAUUUAGAAAAUCUUCCUGCGGAUUCUAGUCCCUUCCAUGCACUUCAUAUGGUUCGAUCUUAUUUGUAUGAGGUAUAAGUGGAUUAGUGAAUGCUAUUUACUAUUUAGCUAUGGAGUUGCGCUGCACUGAUUUAAUUAAACUGCAUUUUCUUAUUAGAAUUAUAUUUAAAGGUUAGUUUUUUAAUAUUAAUACAUUAUAAAUUUAAUAAAAGCAUAUUUUUUGGAACAAAACAAUGCAAAACUUUUUAAAUAUACAAAGCAACAUUGUGUGUGUGUUUUAUUAAAAAUUUAAAAAGCAAUCAAUUGUAUUUAUUAAUUUUACUUUUAAGAAGAGAAAAUACAUUAUCAAUUUUGUCACGCGCGGUUAUUAAAUUUAAAGAAACCUAAGAGGUUUGAUGAAAUAGUCUAUUCGCGCUAUGAUGUCAUUUGCGUGAUUAUUAAGAACAAAUUAAUUUAAAUUUUUAUUACGCAAUAUUAACAACGCACUAAAAGAUGCACUAAAAAUGACUGAUGCUUGGGUUUUCUCGAUAAAUGUGAUUACGGUGUAAUUCUUUGAUCAUGAUUUUUUAAUUAUUUUUUUUUUCAUAACUUUCAAACACAUAUAAAAUGCUUAAAAUAGUUCCUUAGUUGAUACUUUAAAUGUAUUUGUAAUUUAUAAUAAUAUAACUUUAACUUUUAAUAAAAUAAAAGCGGAUUUCAAAUAUUUUUUGUGCAUUUAAAUUUAUUCGAUUUCCGUAAAAUUAUAGAAAAUAACUAUGAUUGUUUUUAGGAAUCUGAACGUACUUAUAUCUUUUCUGUUCUUUGGAGUUACGUCAGUAUAGCUCAUUCUUAUAUAUAUAUAUAUUAAAAUCAUUUUCAGAUACUAUUCAGCAUUAUUUGGUGUUUAUAGUCUUAUAGUGAAAUUUAAAUGGGUUAUUGAUGGAUUGCCGUUAUACAGAUGUUAAUGAUUUUUUUAAAAAGAAGAACACCUCAUUUUUUGGUUCUAGUUAAAUUUUGUUUUGAUACAGUAAUUGAACAAUAAGGCCCACACAAAAUGAAAAAUGUUUUAUUCUUUAAAAAAAACAGUUCAUAAAAUUAAAAUACCCUAACCUAUUUCAUUUGUAUUGAAAUUAAGAUUCUGAAAUUUGAUUUUACCAUAACUGAAAUAAUUAUUAUAACAUUUUAAAGUUUAAAUUCCAUUAUUCCACAGUGAACUAUUUAACUAUUUUUAUGUCCUUUAUAUUAACUUCACUUUUGUUUGUGAGUUUGUGGCAAAAUCUUUGGAAUGCUAUAUGACCCACUUCCUGUCAUCCUAUUGAACUGAAACCUUGGCACAUAGCAACACAUUCUUUAGCAUUUUUACACCCCCCCCCCCUCAAGAAGUUCAUCCUGUUUUUCAAGAUGUGGAGAAUGUUAAUGCUUUGUUAAAUACAUAAAAAUCUUUGGAAUGCUAUAUGACCCACUUCCUGUCAUCCUAUUGAACUGAAACCUUGGCACAUAGCAACACAUUCUUUAGCAUUUUUACACCCCCCCCCCCUCAAGAAGUUUAUCCUGUUUUUCAAGAUGUGGAGAAUGUUAAUGCUUUGUUAAAUACAUGUCUUGGUGUGGAGAUUACUUGUUUAGCUCUUGCUAUGAGCUUUGUUUGUGUGACCUAUUUGGGUAUGCAGUAAAAAUAAUAUGUAUUUUUGAAGGGGUAAUUCAAGGAAAUCUGAAAUGUUUUUUCACUAGAAGUUUACCAUUGAAUGUGAGAUAAAUCAUAUUCAAUUACAUAAAUACAAAAAAAAAUGCAUAUAAAGGAUUUAUAAAAAAAAACUUAGUUUUUAGGGGUUGUUUUUAUUACUACUUUUACUUUUACCCCUUAUUAUUUGGCCACCUGAUAAAUCAUUGCAGAAUUUUGUUAUGCUCCUUUAGAUAUUUUAUUAUGCUCCCCUUAACCACAAUGUGACUAUGAUGUCAGAAUUCUCCAAAUCUCUUACCCCCAAAAAUCUCUCUUACACCUGAACAGUGCACAAACACUCACAUUCAUUGACUCAUUUUACUAAUUUUAUCAUUUAAUUUGAUAAAAGUAAACCAAAACUGCAGUUGCAAAAUCAUAUCUAGGCAGUAAUGUACUUUUGGACAAAAUUUUGGGCAUUAUUAUACAGAUAUAGAUUUAAAAAUGUGUAAUUCAUUUUUCCUAAAGGAAAUUUGACUAUUUUUGCAAUUAAAAAUAAAAUUAUAAAAACACAAAAAUUUUCCCUCUCCACCAAAGUGCUGCCCAGCCCAAUAGCCCCCCUUGGGACCCUUUAAUUUCACUACUGUAUUUAGACUAUUUCCAAAUUUUUAUCUUAUUUCCUCAACCCACCUUUCACUUUAGAGGCUUUCUUCCAAAAUUUUGUCAGUACUUACCCCAUCUUUCACAAUAUCAGUUAACAACUGAGUUAAUAUCAGCAAUAACAGGUGCACUGUUGUAGCCUUUAGGGUUAAUAGAGAUACAGUUUUUUAUUCAAUAUGCAACUGAUAAUUUUAUUGAGACAGCAAAUUUUUAUAUCCUUAUUUAAGGUGCUCCCUGUCAUUUUUUUAUAAAAACAUUAUAAUAAAAUAAAAAUCAUUUAAAUUCAAUGAGAACUCUGUUCUAUUAUUUACAUUAUGUUUUUGCAUUUUUUUAAAUUUAGCUUUGAAUUCCAACUUCCAUAUAUAAAUUAGGAAAGUAGAAUAUAUCACAAACUUAAAAUGCCAGCUGGACGAAGCAAUGCCCUGUCAUUGCUUCAAAAAGUGAACAGCCAACUUCGGGGUGAAAGAGUUCCAGUAAAAUCAAAGGAUGAGGAUGAACUUGCAGUGAGUGUGUCUUCUUGCACUAAGUUGUUGUUAAAUAUCAUUAUACAAUUUAAGAUUUAUUUUUUGGAUCGCUUGAAAAUUAGAUUGUAUAUAUAAAUAUCAUGCAUUGCAUACACUUCUAAUUAUUUAUCAAGCGCAUUUUACGGACUGUCUAUAAAUUUUUGGAUGGUUGGCAACCCUGAACAUAACCCCAUUGAGUGCCACCUGCUGUUUGAUGAUUUAGAAAUAGGCCUAUUCAUUAAACUUAAUUUGUUUUAACUUUUUAUCUACUGCCUAAUAAUAAAUGAAUGAAAACAUUUAAACAAAAGGAAAUUUGAAAAUUUACACUUAAAUUUUUAGAAGUACAAUUCCUUCUACUCAUUAAGGCCUCUCAGCAAUUCCAACUCACUACACUCUUAUAAACUGAAUAUGAUUGUGUCUGUCAGUAAAUUAUUUUAUACUGAUUAAAAUAGACAUGUCUUAUUUUCUUUUCAGUCCUACUUGAAUAAUUUAGCUCAAAAGACACAGCAACCAAAAGUUGUUAACUUUGAGGAGUAUGGUGACAUCUCUAUAUCCAGUGGUGCUGAUGUCAGGAGCUCUCUCACUCCCCGAGGCCGUCGUUCCUCCAGCCCUAAAAUGACUCCCAUUACUCCAAAAACUAAUAAGUUUCUCAAAAAAAAGAAGCUAGAUAGUGAAACUCAAAAUACACCGAUUGCUGGUUAGAAUUAUUUUUAAGUUAUUCUGCAUUUAGUGAAAUUAGUUAAGGGCUUUUGUUAUUAUGUUUGCAAAGUUCAAACAAGGGAGUGAUUUACUUUGGUUUUAUUUUGAAAAAAAAAACUGUUUUCAUUUGAUUUCUUUUAAAAUUAUAUAAUAAUUGGGUUUAUGUAAUUAUUUAAUUAGAUUUUUUAAUAUAUUUUUUCAUCAGCUGAAAAGUUACAGGGAUCCAACACUAAAACUCUUGUAAAGGCAAAAAAUGUGAUGAACAAAACAAAAGGCAAGAGUUUUCUCAAACAAUUAUCAGUAGACAGCGAAAUGGAUGUCAGCUCAGGAUCUGAGAUAGAUAUGAGGCCUGGCUCCUCAGACAGAAAUUUUGGGAAGGAUAGGUCCAAGUUUGUAAAGAACAAUAAAUCUGGAAUAAGUAAAACUAGUUUGAGAUCUGCCAGUCCACAGUUUUCUCAAAAGAGCUCAUCAAUGGAAGAAAAACAGAGAGGUAAAUGUAAUUUGUUGAUGAAUGUAUAUACAUUUUUAAUGAUAAUAUAUUGACUGAUGUCAAAUGCCCAUUUUAUAUUACUUUCUUUUUUUUUUAUGAAGGAAAUAAGAAAAAUGAAAUUGUGAGAACCCUUGGUAGUGUUUACUUAACGUCAGAAGAGGAAAGUUUGGCAGAGUUUAUACACAAUUUAUCAGUAUCAGACUCUUCCAAAAAACAGCCAAAAAAUGUAAGUAGUAGGCCUACCUUCUAAUAUGUGUGGUACUAUAAUAAAUCUUAAUCAUAUCUUAAAUGUUAUUGAUUGAUUUUAAUUUGUUUAAAUAAAAGGUGUUUUUUUAGAUCUGAAGUUAUUUUUUUUAAGUAUUAUUUUUAUAAUUUUUAAAGCUAUUGCAAAAAUGAAUCACAUUUUAUAAAAGAAUUUAUUUUUAUCGCAAAAAGCUGGUUGCUAAGAAGCAUCAAAAAUGGAUUAAAAAAACAGAAACUCAAGUAGCAAGGAAAAGUUCAUCUCCUGUUGAGAGAUCUAGGUCACCACCCUUCAAAAGAUCUCCAUCACCUUUGGGCAAACAGUCUCGUUCUCAGUCACAAGAUUCUGAACUGAUAGAUUCUAUAGACAGUGAGAUACUAGAGGACAGCAGAGCUCGAAAUAAAUCAACCAGUUUGGAUGAUCCUAUACACAGUAAUAAUUUUUGUUAUUACUGUAUUGUUCUAAAUAUAGGCCUCUUCUGACUAUAAUCAACACCCUUAAAAUUUUAACUAUUUAACAAAAUGUAAAUAAUUUUUGUUGCAACAUCCUGAAUGUAGGCUACAACCCUAGUUUAAAAGAUUUACAUUGGGGGAAAAACUUUGGCCUAUACUCGGAACAAUGCACUAUUUUAGAUUUAAAUUUCUUGUUUUUGCCUUUUUAAUUUUUUUAAAGAUUUAAACAUUAAUCAAAUGAAGAUGAACUCAAAUUACUAUAUGUGUAUGAAUUAAUAAAUGCAAUUGUAAUUUAAAGUAAAACUGAACAAUUGCUAAGGUGAAUUGCAUAACGCACAUUUUUAUAGAAGCCUUAAAAAUAAAAGAGGAAUGUUUUAUUGCAUAAGCGUGCUACAAAACAUAAAUGAUCAAACAAUACAAAAACAAUGUUUGAAAAUAUAUAGAAAAAGGAAUUAACUCUGUCUAUACCAUUUUAUGUCCACAGUAAAGCCCCCAAACCAAAAAAAGAGUUAGAGUGUGCUAGACAGUGCCUCAAUAGUGUCAAAAUAUCUAUUUCCAUAUACAACUGUUGUAUGCUGGACAUACCAUAAGAUUUUGAAAAUCUCAUAUCUCCUUAGUUUUAAGUGUGCAGGAUUCAGCAGUGAAAAAUUAUUUACAAUAAUUGUCAUAAUUUUUUACCAGCUGAAGGACCGGCUAUGCCCAGUAGAAAGUUUGCUUGGUUACUUAUUUUUAAAAUUUAGUAUUUUAUGAAUCUCAUGGUUCAUUUUAUUCUUUUGCUUGGUCACAUUAAUUUAUAUUAUGCAUCAAAUGAGAAUUUUUGUAAGUGAGGUAGCAGAAGAGUCACAUUAAAGAACAUAAGUUUAGUGUCUUAAUAUUAACAAGAAUACCGGUAUGUGGAAUUUUGGUUUGAAUGUUUUCCUGGUUUAGUUAAUUAAUCACUGUCACUAGUUAAUGUAAUUUAGAGAGAACGCGAGAUACUUAAAGGUCUGCCUAUAAAAGUUAAACUACAUGUAAUUAAAGAACAAAGGUGUAUGAACUGUUGUACAUAAUUUUUAUGGAAAGAAAAAUUAAUUUUUAGUUUGGGGGAUAUUUUUUCAUUUUGUCAUUUUGAAAAGUGAUAAUGUGACAAUGACCUUUUAUUGAUCUGGAUAAGCAUGGGACUUUAGUAAAGUUUGUUGAGUGAUUUAUAUUUUUUUUUAGAUAUCACGUGGACAGCACUUUAUAGCUCUCCCUUAAACUAAAACAAUGGCAUCAUUCUAAGGUUUUGUCUGUCUUUUUCUUAAAGUAAACCUCAAGGAUUUAUCUAGCCUUGCACCAGCAUCACCAAGUCCCACACCACGAGGCAGAAGGUCACCAACUAGAAAGGAAAGAAAACAAGUUUCUAGUAAACCUGCUGCUUCCAAUUUCAAAGCUUCUUUCACCAAAGGAGAUAACAAAGCACCAACAAAAACUUCUAAAGCUUCUCCAAAGAAGUCAAAUUCUAAGACCAGUUUGUUUGAAAAUUUUGGUAUCCACAUGGUGGAUGAGCUGCUUGAUGUAAAUUCAGUUGCCAUGCCUUUUAAUGAUGUGGAUAUCUCAGAGGAAUCAGAAAUAAAAACGGAGGGUAAAGAUGACAGGAAAAAGGUAACACAGCGAAAGCAGUCAGAGUCUGAAAUUGUCACAGACAUUGGAGGUAGUGCCAAGAAAUCAAUCCAGUAUCUGUCUAAUGGCAGUAUCAGGUAGUGUUUUCAAAAUUAGGAUCAUCAAAAAUAUAUACAUUUGUUAUUAGAGGCUUUUAAAAAUUAUUUUACAGUUUAUAAUAUAUUCUUGAAAAGAAAACCCUCUUUGUUUUUAAAAUAAGUUUUAAAAAAAUUAAAUUUUGUCACUUAUUUUCUUUCCUUUAUUAUGGAUGUAAUUCUUACUCCCCCCUCUUCCCUGGUUUCAAAUUUCAGUGAACAGAACAGUAAAGGAAGAAAAGGAAGGCGCAACAUUGAUACUGAUCAAGAUUAUUCGGAUUCAUUCUUGUCAGAUUCUGAGUCAAGAUCAACAAAUCAAUCAAGAACAUUCACUGAUAGUCUUUCUAAGACUUCCCAAGGCACAAAAGGAAGGAGAAAACAUGAUGAUUCGUAUGUUUUUUUUUAAUUAGCCAACAUUUAGAACUAAAAAUAAUUAUAAUUUGAGUAACAAUGUAGUAAAAUAAUAUGGAAAACACCUUAAUGCUCAUACACACCUUCUAAAUCAAUUGUUGAUACCGUGCUUUCAAUGAUAUCCAUGAUUUUCAGUGUCAUAUUAUUUUAAUUCUGUAUUCUUGUUAUUUUUCUUUUCAAUGAAUUUAUUCUUGCAUGCUUGAGGAAUUAAAACUUUUUUCUAUUUAUUCACAGUAAAGCCAGUAAAAGUAAAAGAAAGAGAGAACAUAAAAUCAUUUUAGAAGAAAAACAUGUUGAUAUUUCCACAACAGACAAAAAAGGUGGCACACACCACUGGAAUACUAGUGAGAUGGGAUUUGCCAUCUCUGGGCCUUAUGGCCUUCAGUAUGUUGAUCCCAAGCCAGUGGCUACUCAUGUGGUCAGUGCAGAUGCAUUAGAAGGUCAGGAUACUCAUAUAUUUUUUUUUUUAAAUUUUUUAAUUUAAAAAAAAUAAAUUUAUUUGCUCAAUUAAAAAAAUUUACAGAUGACUUGAAAAAUAAUUUGUUAUUGUUUCAUUCCAGUCCACCCACAUCUGAUACACCCUAUUCCCCUCAGCCCACCUUCACUUCAUUACCUUCUCCCACCCUAUCAGAUCCCUUUUGAUUGCCCUCACCCCUUACACUUUUUUUCCACUUGUAAAUAAAACUAAAAAUAAUUCAGCCAUCAGACCCUAUUUCUCAGUAGCCAACAUAUUUUGAUAGCCUUGUAUUUUUCACCCUUCCCUCAAUUCCAAAUACACUUUAUAACUUACCCCCACACUGGACCUAGAUUAUUAACUCAAUUAUAUUAUAAAUAAUAUUUAAAUUUUAUUUUUUCCUCCUCUGUAGUUAAUGCUCAGUAUCUAGAAAAAAGGUAAAAAGAAAUGUCAACACAAAAAAAAAUAACUUAGUAAAAUCCCAAAAAUUAUUAUCUUUUCAUUAUUACAUUAAAUUAAAGAUUUCUUGGAAGUGUUUUAUCAUCAAGUAGUCUUGAAUAAAUGUUGAAUAAUUUACAUUUGUAGGCACAAAAUAAUAAACAAAAAUAUUUGUUGAUGAACUUGGUAUAGUAAAAUAGUUUUGGGCCUGUACAAGUACUAACCAGCUGAGUACAUAUAUCAAAAUUUUACUCAAGAUCUUACCCUGUCUCUGGGACAGAAAGAUAGAUCACAGAUAUUAUGAGCACAAAGUGUGUGCCAUAAAAGAAUAAAGGUAUAAAUUAUAUAAAUUUAUCUAAUGCUAUUUUAGAUCCCAAUGAUGAUAUUUAAAACACUUUUAAAACAGUGGAAGUGGUUGUGUGUUGUUUUGGUUCAAAGCCCAUCUUCUCUGGGUUGUUUUUUUUUAAAAUUGUUACAACAUUAUCAUUACCAAUUAUACCUAAUCAUUUACUGUAAUAUUUACAAAAUAUUCAGUACAAUUUUUAUGUCCUAAAAACUACCCUAUACAGAAGGUUCUCAAUGUAUGUCAGUUCAUUUUACGGUGAAUCUGAUGUUAUGUCGGUCAUUGCUGGGCACAAAAUGAAAAAAAUUAUUAAAUGUACUAAUGCACCAUGAGUAAGUACUAAUUCAUCAUGGAAGCUAGUAAGCUAGCACACAACGUCCAGCAUCCCAAGCUACCUUAAUAAUUUCAUUUUUAUGUUUUAAUAUCUUAAAUAUGUUUAAAUAUCUUAAACGUGAUGUGUGAAUAUACAUAUAUAUGUAUUUUACUACAUACUAAUAUAUUUACAAAUACAUAUAUACAUGUAGUUUAUAUGUCAGUAGGGUACUUAGCAAAUUACAAGCUACGUCACCAUUUAAAACAGAACCGCACCUUAAAAUGAGGACCUCAAAUAUUUGUGUGGGCCUACACACCCAAUUUAUUUAAUAUAAUUUAAGUUUUAUCACAGUCUAACCCGCUUCUUUCUUCUUCUUCUAUAUUAUGAGGGCCCACGAUCAAUGUAUUGAUCAUUCUGGCUCCUAUGUUUGUAGAUGGGGUUCGCAAUGUUUCUGUGCAUGGUUUUGAAAAGGAUACUUCACUGGCUGCGACUGCAAGGGAUACUCAGCUAUAGUAUAGGAACUGGGGGUUGGAAGGCAGGAGGCAAUAGAUGCAAAUGUGUCAAGUGUUGUCAUCUCAACUGUUCCUUUGGAAGCUUGUUCCAGUCCCUGAUUGUCUUUGGCAGGAAUGAGCAGUUCCUGUACUGUGUUCUUGAUAUUAUGACUGUCUAUCAUGGCCUCGUCACUGUCUAGGGGGGAGAGGGACGAGUUGUUUAUUGCUGGAGUGGACCAGCCAAUUUUUUAUCUUGAACAUCAUGGAGUGCCUGGAUAAUCAUCGCUGUUCUUCUAAUGGUGACCAGCCCAGUGUUUCCAGCUUGCUGCCAACACUUACAGGGCUGUUGGGUCCAAUAUAUUUGCUCCAUCUCCUGGUCUACCAUAUUAUGUUAAUGAUUGUUUGUUUCUUAAAUUGGAUUAAAAUUAUGUCAAAAUUUUAAUUUUUAAGCUUUAUGCUCAUUAAUAAGGGUGAGAAAAAAGUUUUCAUUUACCUGUACCGGUAUUAUAAAGUUUUCUAAAAUAUGUUAUUUGCCUUAUUAAAAUUGUUCGGUAUAUUGUAUAGACUUUGCUUUGAAAAUGAAGUGCAAAAUAUAGAAAUAAUAACAGAUAAAACGUGAGGGCAUCUUAAAAAUAAACUCUAGAUCAAACACUAUUUUUAUCAUUUUACACAAUUUUGCGGAAAUAGAGUAAAAAGUUUAGAAAUUUAACGCUGACAAAAUAAAGUAAGAAUUGUAUAAAUUACAUGGGAAAAACAAUAGCCUAUGUUGGAGAGCUUUUAUUUACUAUAUUUGAUAUCUUAAACAAACUUAUAGAAAUUAACUGCAUUCAAAGUGCUUUAAAAAUAUUUUCUGAUGUGCACCAAUCUGUAUUGGUCAUGGCCUGGAAAUAUUUUAGUACGCAAAGUGGUAAACUAAAUUGUUGUCUUUAAGAACUAAAGGCAUGCGUUCAGUAUUUAAUAUAUUAGACAUUGAUUAGUGAGCGCUUCUUCAUAUUCUUUUGGGCCAAGCUAUUAGUUCUUUAUGACCCCAGUCACAGUGUCCACCACAUACAUCCUUUGUGGGGCACUUCUGUACAUCAUUAUUUGAAAAAAAUGGAUUUUAAGUUUAUACAUUUUUUAAAUUUGCAAUUAUAUAAAUAUAAGGAUAUUGAAGGAAAGCCGGAUUUCUGGUUUUUGGUUUUGAAACCGAUAACCGGUUAGUAAAUUUUAUUUAAUGCUGAAAAAUAAAAUACUUAAUAAAAAAAAAAUGCUGUUUAAUGCAUAAAAUUGGUAGCCAACUCACUAAUGCAAUGCAUAUCUGAACGUACUACACUCUAUAUUGAUAGUUGAACAAUGAUAAAAUCGUUUAAGACCCCGAUUUUUUUUUACAGGGAAUAGGGGUUGCCUUGCUAUUGCAUUUACUGUGCAAUAGAUUCUAACAAGUUGCCAGAUUGCACUCCCAAUGAACUAUUUCAAGUGUAUGAAGUGGACUGAACAUGCAGCCCUCUGUAAAAAUUGCCUCCUGAGGCAAACAGCCCUCUCCAUCCCCUCUCCCCAAGCCCCUGGAUAAAAUAUAAAAUACUAAGUUGAUCUGACAUGGUGACGAGGAACAGUUUGGAGUGCAUUAAAAAGGGGGUUAAAGCCGGGGGGGGGGGGGGGGAACCAACCAACCAGCCGAAAUAAAUAAUUAUUUAUUUCUAAGCUAGGCUUGUGAAACUGUGAUAAAAGUAAACAUUCAAUACCAUCCUACUCUUACAUUACCAUGUUUCUGAUACCAGUACUUAAUAAGUAUAAGUAAUUUUACCCCUGGGCUCACAGCACCUUAAAUAUUCACUACUCAGCCCUCUAAAAAAAUAUGAAGAUCCCCUGUUAACUAUGAAAAAUCUAACUAUCUUAUUAUUAUCAUCUAGUUCUUCAUUAAAAUAUCAGCUGUGUAUCUAAAUGUCUUGUCUUUUAUUAGACAAUUUUUUAAAAUAUAUCUUAUUAUCUUAAUAUUUCUCUUGUGUUUUUGUCUUUUGAAAGUAUCUCUACCAAAAUUAGUCACUGUUCUGCACUACUGACUCUGUUGUGCUUUUUUAAUUUGACUGAAUCUGUUAAAAAUAUUUCUAUUUUUAUGCAGUUCUGUUUGCCUACCACCCCAUCCCUUCAUUCACUGUACAAAAAAACACUUUCUUUGAAAUGCAGUUGUUCUUUUAAGCAUUCUAACACUCCAGUUUUUUUAAAUCACAUUUUACUUUACCCUAAUAUAAUAUGUGAAUAUAACACCUAGUCUUUACAGCCAGUCAUUGUUUCAAGUGUUAUACCUGCUAAACAACCCCUGGGUCAUCUCUCAUUCUUGUUAGCUAAUAUCAAUAGCAUAACAAACAGAAAAAAAAAUCUAGUUAUUUUAAUGUUUAUUGAUUAUUCUUGGCACACACUCUCCAUGUCAUAGAAGCACAGAAUGGUUGGCUCUAUCUGAUUGGGCCACCAACACAAAAUAGUUGUUGAAGUGGGAGAUUUUCAUUGGUCCUUGGGUUACCAGAUGGUCAACAGAUUUAGGCCUCUAGUAUUAAUUAAACAUGGAUUAUUAUCUGUCUUUUUUUUCUCUCUCUCCUUCAUAUUAAAAUUCUUUCGGAUUGGUUAUCUGAUUGAAAAAACCAGUGUUAAAUAGUUUAUUUUUAGCUAAAUCAGAAAUUCACUAAUACAUACUAUUUUUAAAAAAAACGAAUAAUUUGUCUACAAGUCCUGUUAUUUUUAAAAAAAUAAUCUAAACAUGUUUUUUUAAAUUUUAAAAUUGACAUUUACCUCUCACACAUGCAAUGGGCAAUUAUACUUUCAAAUGCCAACAUCUUGCAAACGGUAAAUGCCAUAGACAUGUGGCUCCCUAACUGUUGAGUUUUCCCAUUUGCCCUAUGCCAAUUUCUGAUUCACCAUAUACCAUGAAAUAGGGAUUAUUUUUUUUUGCUUAUGGGUUAGGUAAAAAUAAAUAAAACACUUACUUAAAGAUAAUAAAACAUGAAAUGGAAAAAAUUCAACUUAUUGUAGUUGGUGGGAUGAGUUGUUUGUUGCACAUUUUCUCAAAUCUUGGAAUCAAAUUAAUUGGACAUAGCCACUUUCAAUUUCUUCUUCACAUUUAUUUUUAGAUAACUUUUUUUUUACGGCUGGCUUCGCAAAAAUAACUCGUGAAUGAAGAUAAAAUUCAGAGUUUUACCAUUCAGAAGAAGCUACCGUUAUAUAUCUUUUACUGAUAUCCAUAAUUCAGUAUACAGAUCCCAUCAUAUGUUAUUUCAAUGCUGUGUUGCAAUGCAACUCAAUUAUAUUCUUUUACCAUUGUUAAAAAUUUGCAAGUCCCUGUGAGGAACACAGAGCACCACGGAGCAUAAAGUAGCAACAUUAUAAUUGGCCAUUUGCAAGUGAAUUCAGUUUGUUUUAUUUGCUGUGAUCCUUACAUUAUUUCAAAAUCUGAAUUAGUUGUAUCUAUUAAAUUUAAGGGACAAUGGUAUCAAUACGAAACAGUAUGAAGGACUAAAUGUAACAUUGUCUUGAUGUGAUGCACCAAACUAAUCAUAAUAUAUCAGAACUUUUAGUACUUGGAUGAUUAAUAUUGUCAACCUUUAACCUUGUUUUGUUUUAGCUCUGACAGCCUACAGCCCUAACAUGUUGGCACUACAGGAAAUGAUGAGAGCCCAGCUGAAUCUUGUCAGAAACUUUGUGGACAUCCAAAGCAGAAUAUACCAGUCUUGUAUGGCUGGAUUAAGCUAUGAUUAUAAAUACACAACUUUGGAAGAUACUAAAAAGGUACAUUUUGAAUCUCAUAUUUAUCUAUAAAUCUUUGGAAUUACACAUUAGCCUCGGAAAAUAUUGUUUAAACGUGAUUGAGUGUAAAUGUUAUUAAAUGACAUUAAUCAAUUAUAUAACUAUGCACUAAAAGAGGCAGUCACAGUGUGAAACAGGUGAUCAUUUCUUUACUGUCGAACAAAUGUUAUGAAUUUAAAGUAACUGAUGUUAUCACAAAUGUAUAGAACUUAAAUAGGUUGUUUUUUUUUUGAAGGAUGCAGAUAAAUCUUUCUAUUAACCAGAAGGCCCACAAAUUUGAACCAAAAUUUUGCAAUAGCUAACAUCUUUUUUCCUCACUUAUUAAAAUUUUUCUUAAAUUACUUAAGUCUCUAGACUCAGUAGGACAUGACCAUACUUUUUUUUAUAAUCAAAUUUUUUUUUAUGGUUUAUGUAAUUGUGAAUUUUUAAAAUUAUAUUUCAGUAUAUUGAUGAGAAUCGAAAACCAACACUAACAUUUAAAGAGGCCUUAAAACUUGUUGAAGAGGAAGAAGCUAUGAGAGCUUGAUUGAUGUGUAUUAAAAGUUAUGUACUGCUUACAGUCAAUUAUAAGAUACAAAUUGACUUUUACUACAAAUAGCUGUCGAGAAGAUGUUGAGAAGAUAUCGUCUGGACCUGGUGAAUCUUGGCAACAAAACUGUGAUAUUGUCUAAACUGGUGUACUGGUACAUUAAUAUUCUUAAAAUAGUUUUAUUAUAAAUUAAAGGUUGUAUUAUGUGAAUCUAAUCUUAACUUAUUGCAAGAAAUAUACAGAAAUCAAAGAUAUUGAUCCAAUCAACUCAAAAAUCAUCAAAUCACUGGCAUUUCUUCACAGCUAAAUAAUCCUUUUGCAAUGCUACUGGGAUUUUUUUUUAUUUCUCUGCUCUUAAAAAUAAAUGUUUGUUUGCAAGAAUGUUUUUUAUUUAUUUUUAUAAAUGUAUAAUGGUUCAAAAGCAAUUUAUUACUCGCCAAAAAAGAUUUAGGAACCAUAUUUGUAUUAAAUUUUAAUUCACUUAAUUGGUGAAAAUAACAAUUAUAAAUGGAUACAUGUUUUAACAUUACAUGUUCAAUAAAUAAACUACUGCAGUUUUUGUUCUUGUUCUUUAACUACUUUAAGUAAGCUUAAUACUGAUGUAUCAGGACAGUAUUCCAAAUUUAAUUUACAACCCAUGAAAAUGAUGUUUAAUAUAUAAUCAUAAAUAAUUGGCAGCUUAUAUCUUA